AUGUCAGACGAAGCGACCCGGCUCUAUGGCCUGACCGCAGUCCCGGCGGAUCAAUCAGCACAGAAGGCUUCAACACCUAACCCCAAGCCAGUGGCGAUAAGCGCGCUCAAGCCUCCUUCCACGGCACUGGCAGCGCGUGUUGACGAGUACGUCAGGUCGAAGCUUGAUGCAGACACGUACCGGCACAGUUUGCGUGUGUAUAGCUACGGCUGCGCCAUCGCUCGUGAAUGCUUCCCGGAGUUUGGAUUAACGGCCGGGUCGGAGCUUGACGAGACGUGGUUUCUCACAGCCAUGUUGCACGAUAUCGGAACCACUGCGGAGAAUCUGACGAGCACGAGGCUGAGUUAUGAGUUUUGGGCCGGGUAUCACGCGCUAGCACUGCUGCAAGACCCGACGGUGACGGGUGGUAGCACGGGGGCGGUGGCACCUCGUGACCAGGCCGAGAGUGUGGCAGAAGCAAUCAUCAGGCAUCAGGAUGUUCAGGAUAAAGGGCAGAUUACCUUGGUCACGAGGUUGAUUCACUGGGGAACCCUUCUGGAUAACAUUGGAGCUGGUGCUGAGUUGAUACACACAGAGACCAUUCAGAGUGUGGUCAAGGAAUACCCCAGGCCGGGAUGGAGUGGUUGUUUCCAAAGGACAGUGGAGAAGGAGAAGAGUGUGAAACCCUAUGCUAUGGUCAGUAGGAUUGAAGGGUUUGAAGAGGCCAUCAGAAAGAAUGGCGACGGCAGUGCUGGGGGUCUGAUGGCGAAAUAUGAUGGCGAAUGA